AUGCCGUCAUCUUGGGAUCAUCGGAUGCGGGGCAGCAGCAGGAAGCCAUCGAAGCCAGGGUGCCGGCCUGCUGUGCUGCGCACCGACCGCCUUCCUCCACCCGCCCCUCCCUCCACCACCCCGCCUCCCCUGCUCCCACCUUCUGCACCACCUGCUGCACCCUCUCGCCCCAAACUCUCACUUUCACUCGCUCUGCCAUGCUGCCACGCACUGCCAACUGUCACACCCUCUGCUGCCGCUGCUGUUGCGCUUUCAUGUGGCGGAGGGCUCAUCUUCCCCUGGCCUGCUGUUGCGCUUUCAUGUGGCGGAGGGCUCAUCUUCCCCUGGCCUGCUCUUGCGCUUUCAUGUGGCCGAGGGCUCAUCUUCCCCUGGCCUGCUCUUGCGCUUUCAUGUGGCCGAGGGCUCAUCUUCCCCUGGCCUGCUCUUGCGCUUUCAUGUGGCCGAGGGCUCAUCUUCCCCUGGCCUGCUCUUGCGCUUUCAUGUGGCCGAGGGCUCAUCUUCCCCUGGCCUGCUCUUGCGCUUUCAUGUGGCCGAGGGCUCAUCUUCCCCUGGCCUGCUCUUGCGCUUUCAUGUGGCCGAGGGCUCAUCUUCCCCUGGCCUGCUCUUGCGCUUUCAUGUGGCCGAGGGCUCAUCUUCCCCUGGCCUGCUCUUGCGCUUUCAUGUGGCCGAGGGCUCAUCUUCCCCUGGCCUGCUCUUGCGCUUUCAUGUGGCCGAGGGCUCAUCUUCCCCUGGCCUGCUCUUGCGCUUUCAUGUGGCCGAGGGCUCAUCUUCCCCUGGCCUGCUCUUGCGCUUUCAUGUGGCCGAGGGCUCAUCUUCCCCUGGCCUGCUCUUGCGCUUUCAUGUGGCCGAGGGCUCAUCUUCCCCUGGCCUGCUCUUGCGCUUUCAUGUGGCCGAGGGCUCAUCUUCCCCUGGCCUGCUCUUGCGCUUUCAUGUGGCCGAGGGCUCAUCUUCCCCUGGCCUGCUCUUGCGCUUUCAUGUGGCCGAGGGCUCAUCUUCCCCUGGCCUGCUCUUGCGCUUUCAUGUGGCCGAGGGCUCAUCUUCCCCUGGCCUGCUCUUGCGCUUUCAUGUGGCCGAGGGCUCAUCUUCCCCUGGCCUGCUCUUGCGCUUUCAUGUGGCCGAGGGCUCAUCUUCCCCUGGCCUGCUCUUGCGCUUUCAUGUGGCCGAGGGCUCAUCUUCCCCUGGCCUGCUCUUGCGCUUUCAUGUGGCCGAGGGCUCAUCUUCCCCUGGCCUGCUCUUGCGCUUUCAUGUGGCCGAGGGCUCAUCUUCCCCUGGCCUGCUCUUGCGCUUUCAUGUGGCCGAGGGCUCAUCUUCCCCUGGCCUGCUCUUGCGCUUUCAUGUGGCCGAGGGCUCAUCUUCCCCUGGCCUGCUCUUGCGCUUUCAUGUGGCCGAGGGCUCAUCUUCCCCUGGCCUGCUCUUGCGCUUUCAUGUGGCCGAGGGCUCAUCUUCCCCUGGCCUGCUCUUGCGCUUUCAUGUGGCCGAGGGCUCAUCUUCCCCUGGCCUGCUCUUGCGCUUUCAUGUGGCCGAGGGCUCAUCUUCCCCUGGCCUGCUCUUGCGCUUUCAUGUGGCCGAGGGCUCAUCUUCCCCUGGCCUGCUCUUGCGCUUUCAUGUGGCCGAGGGCUCAUCUUCCCCUGGCCUGCUCUUGCGCUUUCAUGUGGCCGAGGGCUCAUCUUCCCCUGGCCUGCUCUUGCGCUUUCAUGUGGCCGAGGGCUCAUCUUCCCCUGGCCUGCUCUUGCGCUUUCAUGUGGCCGAGGGCUCAUCUUCCCCUGGCCUGCUCUUGCGCUUUCAUGUGGCCGAGGGCUCAUCUUCCCCUGGCCUGCUCUUGCGCUUUCAUGUGGCCGAGGGCUCAUCUUCCCCUGGCCUGCUCUUGCGCUUUCAUGUGGCCGAGGGCUCAUCUUCCCCUGGCCUGCUCUUGCGCUUUCAUGUGGCCGAGGGCUCAUCUUCCCCUGGCCUGCUCUUGCGCUUUCAUGUGGCCGAGGGCUCAUCUUCCCCUGGCCUGCUCUUGCGCUUUCAUGUGGCCGAGGGCUCAUCUUCCCCUGGCCUGCUCUUGCGCUUUCAUGUGGCCGAGGGCUCAUCUUCCCCUGGCCUGCUCUUGCGCUUUCAUGUGGCCGAGGGCUCAUCUUCCCCUGGCCUGCUGUGCGUGUGCCUGGCAUGGCACUCUCAAUCGCCCGCACCCUCAAACCUUUUCUGCUGAGCUAG